AUGCCAAUCAACAUCCCCGGCAGUCCUAGUGAGGACGAGGCCAAACUCCCCCAGGAUCCACCAACCGCCAAGUCCAAGGAGCAGCUCAAGCGCGAGCUCGACGAGAAGAUAACCAACGACUUGCCCGAGAUGGCCCUAUGGGCUCAGACACUCCAGUACCUCGCUCAACACGUCAUCCACAACCAGCUCCUUUCCGCCGAGCACCAAGACAUUGUCCGCCACCUGGAGCACUCCAUGCAGGAGGUUGUUGACGCGUUCCACCAGCUUCAACACGGCCGCCACGACGUGGACCAUGACGAGCUCAAGCACGUGUGGGACGCUCUCCUUCAUUCACUCUUGGCUCUAGCCCUCUAUCUCGGCACCGCAGCACAGAUACUGAAAGAAGCCGCCCGGAAAAGAUUUAAGCUACUCCUGGUCGUCGCUGCGGGUUAUGGUGCCCUUUCACUCCUGUCCGGCCUCAUUUUCUACCUUGGCAUCCUCGGUGUUAGCAUUCACAAGGACGUCUUCCUGCCCACCUUUAACAAGCUUGUCCCCAUGAUUCGGCUGUAG